AUGGCGCCGGGGCCUCAGCCGCCGGGGCCCGAGAUGCUGCUGCAUUCCCUCCUCUUGCUCGGAGGCAGCGCCUUGCUCGUCCUGGUCCUGCUGCCCCAGGCCUUCGGGGCGCCGCCCGCGCACCCCACGGCCGCUGCCACCCGUGGCCCCCGGCUGAGGCACCUGGCUCUGGGGCCCGCCUGGAGAUACGAGCUUAACUGGGAGCGCAGCGCCGCGGGGCUGCGGCCGCUGCUGAAGCUGACCCCCGACGGGAGGCUGCGGCUGGGCCCGUGGGGGCGAAGGCUGAGGCUGCCGGGGUCGCCAGCCCGGGACUGCGAGCUGCCGCUGCACGUGAACAUCUCCUCCCGCCGCUCCCCGACGGCGCUGGCGGUGGCCCUGGCUGUGACUGUGCCGGGCCGAGCCUGCGCCCGCGGCCAGCGUAAGAGCGGCUCCGUGGCCACCGCCACGGGGGAACCAGAGCGCAUCCCAGACCUGGCAGCCCGCACCGUCCUGGGGGCCAGCCCGGGCCCAGCCUCCCCCUCGUCUGCCCCUCUGUGCUUCCCGGACCCCGAGGGAGGAGGGCGCGGCCCUGCGGAGCUGUGGGCAGCCCUGGAAGCCCUGACCAGCUUCCCCGAUUGCAGGUGCGCUGAAGGGGAGGAUGGCAGCAGUGGAGGCUGCGGCGGCAGCCCCGCCUUCCCCCUCCAGCCCAUCUGCCUGGAGCCGGGGGCCACAGCCCGCCUGCGCCUGCUGUGCGCUCUCAGGUCGGGCCCAGGCCCAAGCCCAUGGCGCCCGCGCUGGCCGCUCCCGGGAAGGGGCCCCGAGCUCCUGCUGGAGCUGACUCUGGAGGCGCCAGGAAUACUCCCUGCGGGGGCCAGGAGAGCCAGGAGAGGAACGUCCGGGGGCACUAGCCCUCAGUUCCAGCUUCCCAGCUUCCAGGUCUCUGUGCCUGAGAAUGAGCCAGCCGGCACUCCCGUGAUCGAGCUGCGUGCCCAGGACCCAGACGAGGGCGAGGCCGGCCGUCUGACCUACCAGAUGGAGGCACUGUUCGACGAGCGCUCCAAUGGUUACUUCCACAUCGAGCCAGACACCGGAGCAGUGACCACCAGCCGGCCCCUGGACCGGGAGACCAAAGACACACACGUCUUGAAAGUGACAGCAGUGGACCACGGAUCCCCCCAGCGUUCUGGGGCCACCUACCUCACGGUGACUGUGAGUGACACCAAUGACCACACUCCUGUCUUUGAGCAGGUGGAGUACAGGGAGACCGUGCGGGAGAACCUGGAGGUGGGCUAUGAGGUGUUGACCAUCCGUGCCACUGAUGGGGAUGCCCCAUCCAAUGCCAACAUGCGUUACAGACUCCUGGAGGGCGCCGAUGGGGCCUUCGAGAUUGAUCCCCGCUCUGGGGUGGUCAGGACUCGCUCUGUGGUAGACCGAGAGGAAGUAGCCGAGUACCAGCUCUUGGUGGAGGCCAAUGACCAGGGCCGCAAUCCUGGUCCCCGGAGUGCUACAGCCACUGUUCGCAUCCUGGUGGAGGAUGAGAAUGACAACUACCCACAGUUCAGUGAGAAGCGCUACGUGGUCCAGGUGCCUGAAGAUGUGGCUGUCAAUACCGCCAUCCUUCGAGUUCAGGCCACGGACCAGGACCAGGGCCAGAACGCAGCCUUACACUACAGCAUUGUCAGUGGCAACCUGAAAGGCCAGUUCUACCUCCACUCCCUGAGCGGGGGCCUGGAUGUCAUCAAUCCCCUGGACUACGAAGCCAUCCGAGAGUACACGCUGCGCAUCAAGGCCCAGGACGGGGGCCGGCCCCCGCUCAUCAACUCCUCGGGCCUGGUGAACGUGCAGGUGCUAGACGUCAAUGAUAACGCUCCCAUCUUCGUGAGCAGCCCCUUCCAGGCUGCAGUGCUGGAGAAUGUGCCCCUGGGCCACUCUGUUUUGCACAUCCAGGCUGUGGAUGCGGACUCUGGGGAGAACGCCCGCCUGCACUACCGCCUGGUGGACGUGGCCACCGGGGCGGGCACCGCGGCGGGAGAGGACCCUUCCGCCUGGACCGACUUCCCCUUCCAGAUCCACAACAGCUCCGGCUGGAUCACCGUGUGCGCGGAGCUGGACCGGGAGGAGGCGGAGCACUACCGCUUCGGGGUGGAGGCGGUGGACCACGGCUCCCCCGCCAUGAGCUCCUCAGCCAGCGUGGCCAUCACAGUGUUGGACGUGAACGACAACGACCCCGUGUUCACCCAGCCCGUCUAUGAGCUUCGCUUGAACGAGGACGCGGCCGUGGGCAGCAGCGUCCUGACCCUGCAGGCCCGAGACCGGGACGCCAACAGCGUCAUCACCUACCAGCUGACCAGCGGCAACACGCGCAACCGCUUCGCCCUGAGCAGCCAGAGCGGCGGGGGGCUCAUCACCCUGGCCUUGCCGCUGGAUUACAAACAGGAGAGGCAGUACGUCCUGGGGGUGACGGCCUCCGACGGCACCCGCUCCCACACGGCCCAGGUCUUCAUCAACGUCACCGAUGCUAACACCCAUCGGCCUGUGUUCCAAAGCUCCCACUACACGGUGAGCGUCCGCGAGGACAAGCCCGUGGGCACCUCCAUCGCCACCAUCAGCGCCACGGAUGAGGACACGGGGGAGAACGCCCGCAUCACCUACACCCUGGAGGACCCGGUGCCCCAGUUCCGCAUUCAUCCAGACACCGGUACCAUCAUCACCCUGAUGGAACUGGACUACGAGGAACAGGCGGCCUACACCCUGGCCAUCACCGCCAAAGACAACGGCAUCCCCCAGAAGUCGGACACGACCUCCCUGGAGGUCCUCAUCCUGGACGCCAACGACAACGCGCCUCGCUUCCUUCGAGACUUCUACCAGGGCUCCGUCUUUGAGGAUGCGCCUCCUUCCACCAGCGUCCUGCAGGUGUCCGCCACCGACCGAGACUCUGGGCCCAACGGCCGCCUCCUGUACACCUUCCAGGGCGGUGAGGAUGGCGAUGGCGACUUCUACAUUGAGCCCACUUCCGGCGUGAUUCGCACCCAGCGCCGGCUUGACCGGGAGAACGUGGCCGUGUACAACCUGCGGGCCCUGGCAGUGGACAGGGGCAGCCCGGCCCCGCUCAGUGCCUCGGUGGAGAUCCAGGUGACAGUUCUGGACAUCAACGACAACCCGCCGGUGUUUGAGCAGGAUGAACUGGAGCUCUUUGUGGAGGAGAACAGCCCGGUGGGCUCGGUGGUGGCGAGGAUCCGGGCCGCGGACCCCGAUGAAGGCCCCAAUGCCCAGAUCAUGUACCAGAUCGUGGAGGGGAAUGUACCCGAGGUUUUCCAGCUGGACCUGCUGAGUGGGGACCUGCGGGCGCUGGUGGAGCUGGACUUUGAGCUCCGCCGGGAGUACGUGCUGGUGGUGCAGGCCACGUCGGCCCCGCUGGUCAGCCGCGCCACCGUGUACGUCCGCCUUCUGGACCAGAACGACAACCCGCCCGUGCUCCCCGACUUCCAGGUCCUCUUCAACAACUAUGUGACCACCAAGUCCAACAGCUUUCCCACGGGGGUGAUCGGCCGCAUCCCUGCCCAUGACCCCGACCUCUCGGACAGCCUCAACUUUACCUUCCUGCAGGGCAACGAGCUAAACCUUCUCCUGCUUAACCCAGACACGGGGGAGCUGCAGCUCAGCCGAGAUCUGGACAACAACCGACCCCUGGAGGCCCUCAUGGAGGUGUCUGUGUCAGAUGGCAUCCAUAGCGUCACGGCCCUGUGCACCCUGCGGGUGACCAUCAUCACCGACGACAUGCUGACCAACAGCAUCACCGUGCGCCUGGAGAACAUGUCGCAGGAGAAGUUCCUGUCGCCGCUGCUCUCCCUCUUCGUGGAGGCUGUGGCCGCCGUCCUGUCCACCACCACCGACGGCAUCUUCGUCUUCAAUGUCCAGAACGACACCGACGUCAGCGCCAACAUCCUCAACGUGACCUUCUCGGCGCUUCUGCCCGGGGGCGUCCGCAACAGGUUCUUCCAGUCCGAGGACCUGCAGGAGCAGAUCUACCUGAACAGGACCCUCCUGCGGCUCAUCUCCACCCAGCGCGUGCUGCCCUUUGACGACAACAUCUGCCUGCGGGAGCCCUGCGAGAACUACAUGAAAUGUGUGUCGGUGCUCAAGUUCGACAGCUCGGCGCCCUUCAUCAGCUCCACCACGGUGCUGUUCCGGCCCAUCCACCCCAUCAGCGGGCUCCGGUGCCGCUGCCCGCCGGGCUUCACUGGGGACUACUGCGAGACCGAGAUAGACCUUUGCUACUCCAACCCCUGCGGCAGCAACGGGUUGUGCCGCAGCCGCGAGGGGGGCUACACCUGCGACUGUCACGAAGACUACACAGGAGAACACUGCGAGGUGAAUGCCCGUUCUGGUCGCUGCGCGCCUGGUGUCUGCAAGAAUGGCGGCAAGUGUGUCAACCUGCUGGUGGGCGGUUUCAAGUGCGAGUGCCCGCCCGGAGAGUAUGAGAAGCCCUACUGCGCGGUGACCACACGCAGCUUUUCGCCCAGGUCCUUCGUCACUUUCAAGGGUCUUCGGCAGCGCUUCCACUUCACGCUCUCGCUCACGUUUGCCACCAGAGAGAGGAAUGCCCUUCUGCUGUACAACGGGCGCUUCAACGAGAAGCACGACUUCCUGGCGCUGGAGGUGAUGGAGGAGCAGAUUCAGCUGACCUUCUCGGCAGGAGAGACCACGACCACGGUGGCCCCGCUGGUGCUCGGAGGUGUGAGUGACGGCCGGUGGCACUCAGUGCGCGUUCAGUACUAUAAUAAGCCCCACAUUGGCAGGCUGGGACUCCCUCAUGGACCCUCUGGAGAGAAGGUGGCCGUGGUGUCCGUGGAUGACUGUGACACAGCUGUGGCCGUGCGCUUUGGCAGUCUCUUGGCCAACUACAGCUGUGCUGCCCAGGGCACCCAGACGGGUUCCAAGAAGUCCUUGGACCUGACAGGGCCCCUACUCCUCGGGGGCGUCCCCAACCUUCCCGAGGACUUCCCUGUGCACAACAGGCAGUUCAUAGGCUGCAUGAGGAACCUCUCCAUCGACAACCAGGCCAUUGACAUGGAGAGCUUCAUUGCCAACAACGGCACCAGAGCAGGUUGUGCUGCUCAGGAGAAUCACUGUGACAAGAUCUGGUGUCAGAACGGCGGGACAUGUGUGAACAGAUGGGGGACCUACAUCUGUGACUGUCCACUGCAGUAUGGGGGCAGGAACUGUGAGCAGGUCAUGCCCCAUGCCCAGCGCUUCAGUGGCCAGAGCCUUGUCUUCUGGGGGGAUCUGGACAUCACCAUCUCGGUGCCCUGGUACCUGGGCCUCAUGUUCCGGACCCGGAAAGUGAGCGGGGCCCUUUUGGAGGCCAACGCGGGGACAUCAUCGAAAAUCAGCCUCCAGAUCCUGAACAGCCACGUGCACUUUGCCGUUUUCCACGGCCCCUCCGAGGUGGCCUCCAUGAGGCUGGGCAGGUCCCGCGUGAGCGACGGCGAGUGGCACCACCUGCUCAUCGAGCUGAAGAGCGCCAAGGACGGCAAGGACAUCAAGUACCUGGCCGUGAUGACCCUGGAUUAUGGCCUGGAUCAGAACACGGUGCAAAUUGGCAACCAGCUUCCCGGCCUGAAGAUGAGGAGCAUCCUGUUGGGCGGCCUCUCUGAAGACCAGGUCACAGUCCGACAGGGCUUCUCUGGCUGCAUGCAGGGAGUGAGGAUGGGGGAGACAUCAACAAACGUCAUGACCCUGAACAUGAAGGAUGCUCUGAAGGUCAGGGUGAAAGACGGCUGCCCCACGGACAACCCGUGCACUUCCAGCCCAUGCCCUGAGCACAGCCACUGCCUGGAUGCCUGGGACAGCUACUCCUGCAUCUGUGACCCAGGAUACUUUGGGAGAGACUGCGUGGAUGUAUGUAACCUGAACCCCUGUGAACACAUCUCAACUUGUGUCCGAACACCCAGCUCCACACGUGGGUACACCUGCGAGUGUGGGCAGAGCUACUAUGGACAGCACUGUGAAAACAAAAUCCACCUCCCGUGUCCUAAAGGCUGGUGGGGGAACCCCGUGUGUGGCCCGUGUCACUGUGAGGUCAGUAAAGGCUUUGACCCCGACUGCAACAAGACCAAUGGAGAGUGUCAAUGCAAGGAGAACUACUACAAGCCUCAGAACCAGGAGGUGUGCUACCCGUGCAAUUGCUUCCCCUACGGCUCCCACACACGCACGUGUGACAUGGAGACAGGCCAGUGCGCAUGCAAGUCUGGGGUGAUCGGGCGCCAGUGCAACCGCUGUGAUAAUCCCUUUGCAGAAGUGACCACCCAGGGCUGUGAAGUGAUCUACAGUGGCUGUCCCCGCGCAUUUGAGGCUGGCAUAUGGUGGCCGCAGACCAAGUUUGGGCAGCCAGCGGCAGUGCCCUGCCCCAAGGGAUCCGUGGGGAAUGCCAUCCGCCACUGCAGCAGUGAGAAGGGCUGGCUACCCCCGGAGCUCUUCAACUGCACGACAUCCUCCUUCCUGGGCCUCAAGGCCAUGAAUGAGAAACUCCAUCGUAACGAGACCAGAAUUGAUGGGGACAAGUCCAUCCAUCUCGUCCGCACGCUGGAGAAUGCCACCAAGUCCACGGGCGCCCUAUACGGGAACGACGUGCGCACAGCCUACCAGCUCCUGAUCCGCGUGCUGCACUAUGAGAGUCAGCAGCAAGGCUUCGACCUGGCGGCCACCAGAGAUGUGGAGUUCAACGAGAACCUCAUCCGAACUGGCAGCGCCCUGCUGGACCCCACCCACAGGGACUCCUGGGAGCAGAUCCAGCGGACGGAGGGGGGCACGGCGCACCUGCUCCGGCACUAUGAGGACUAUUUCUACAAUUUGGUGAAGAACAUGAGGAGGACCUACCUGAAGCCCUUUGUUAUCAUCACGGCCAACAUGAUCCUGGCUGCUGACAUCUUCACCAAGGCCAACUUCUCCGGCGCCAGGGUGCCGAGGUUCGAUGAGAUCCACGAGGACUACCCCAAGGACCUGGAGUCCUCGGUGCUGUUCCCUGCCCACUUGUUCCAGGCCUCGGACAGGAGAGAUGUGCCCACGGCGAAGCCCAGCAAGCACAGAGUGACCCCUAGAGCCGACCCCGCUGACCCGGCCACCGAUGACCCUCUAUCAAGGAGGAGGAAGCGGCACCCGGAUGAGUGGAGCCAGCACGCCGUAGCCUUGGUCCUCAUCUACCGUUCCCUGGGGCAGCUGCUGCCUGAGCAGUAUGACCCAGACCGCAGGAGUCUGCGACUGCCCCAUCGACCCAUCAUUAACACCCCCAUCGUGAGCACCCUGCUUCACAGCGAGGGAGUCAUGCCCCCCAACCAGCCGGGCCGUCCCAUUCUCAUCGAAUACACUCUGCUAGAGACCGAGGAGAGAACCAAGCCCGUCUGCGUGUCCUGGAACCACUCCCUGGGGAGCCGGGGCGCAGGAGGCUGGUCGGCCAAAGGAUGUGAGCUGGUCUCCAGAAACAGCAGUCACAUCACCUGCCAAUGCAGCCAUGCGAGCAGCCUGGCCGUGCUGAUGGACAUCUCCAAGAGGGAGCAUGGCGAGGUACUCCCCCUCAAGAUCGUCACUUACACCAGCGUGUCCAUCUCCCUGGUGGCCUUGCUCACGGCCUUCGUCCUGCUGCUCCUGCUCCGGACCCUCCGUGCCAACCUCCACAGCAUCCAUCGGAAUCUGAUUGCGGCCCUCUUCUCCUCCCAGCUGGUCUUUGUGAUCGGGAUAGACCAGACAGAAAACCCGUUCACGUGCACGGUCAUCGCCAUCCUCCUCCACUACUUCUACAUGAGCACGUUCGCCUGGCUGUUCGUGGAAGGCCUGCACAUCUACCGCAUGCUGACCGAGGUCAGGAACAUCGACUCCGGACACAUGAGGUUCUACUGCGUCCUGGGCUGGGGCAUCCCAGCCAUCGUCACAGGGCUCGCUGUGGGUCUGGACCCCCAAGGCUAUGGGAACCCUGACUUCUGCUGGCUGUCGGUCCAUGACACUCUCAUCUGGAGCUUUGCGGGCCCCAUCGGCAUCGUGGUCAUUCUCAACACCGUCAUCUUUGUCCUGUCUGCAAGAGUGUCCUGCCGCCGGAAGCACCGCGCUUAUGACCGGACCGGGAUCAUCUCGGGCCUCCGGACCGCCUUCCUCCUUCUCCUGCUGAUCAGCGCCACGUGGCUGCUGGGGCUGAUGGCCGUCAACAGUGAUGUGAUAGCCUUCCAUUAUCUCUUCGCAGUAUUCAGCUGCUUACAGGGCCUCGCCAUCUUUAUCUUCCACUGUGUGGUCAACAGAGAAGUCCAGAAGCACUUGAAGGUGGCUCUGAUGGGGAAGAAGCCCCACCCGGACGACUCCAUGACCACCAGAGCCACGCUGCUGACCCGGUCCCUGAACUGCAACAAUACCUACAUUGAAGAGCCGAAUAUGUACCGCACAGCGCUAGGAGAGUCCACAGCUUCUCUGGACAGCACCAUCAGGGAGGAGGGGACCAAGAAGCUCAGCGUGUCCUCUGGCCAAGCAAGAGGCCGCCCGGAGCCCGACGCUCACCUCUUCCGGAGGAGGAACGGCAAAAACCCCCGGGGCAAUGACUCGGACUCAGACAGCGAGCUCUCUCUGGAGGAACACAGUAGUUCAUAUGCGUCCUCACACUCAUCCGACAGUGAGGAAGAUGGGAUGGACGAGGAGAGCAAGUGGCACCCAGGCUCCUGUAAAGCGAGUGACCGGGGUCCUGUCCACAGCACCCCCAAAGCGGACUCUCUGUCCAAUCACAUCAAGGCCACGUGGCCCCCAGAAGCCGUGAUGAGUAGUGACGGUGAGGACACCAGAUGCAAGCCAAAGCUGAAAGUGGAGACCAAAGUGAACGUGGAGCUGCACCAGGAGGCCCAGGAGGAAGAUGGCAAAGACGUGCCCUCGGACAAGGAGAACCCAGGGACGCCCAGGGACAAUCAGAUGGCUCCCCAGACCAGCCACCAGCACACAGAACAGCGGAAAGGCAUCUUGAAAAACAAAGUGACCUACCCGCCACCCCUGAGCGAGAGGAACCUACAGAACCGGCUUCGGGAGAAGCUGGCAGAUUACAGCCAGACCGUGAACUCCUCUAGGGCGUCUUCCCUCGGCUCCAGUGACGGCAUCUGCCCCACGCCGGACCCCGGAGUGGCCGUCAAAAACUCCCCGAGGGAGCACUCUCGGGACCAGCUGAACGGCAUGGUCAUGAAUGUGCGCACGGGCACGGUCCAUGCAGACAAGUCUGAUUCAGAAGGCAGUAAUGAGACUUCCAUUUGAAUCAUCAGGAAAUCAUGACGCUCCUUGGGCCCCAGGACCCGCUUUCCCACAGCCCCGUGUGGAGCGCCAACCUCAAGAGCUGGUUACGGGGGGCGGGGCAGUACCUCAUCUCUUCUGUGCAGUUUACAUUUCAUGAAGAUCUGGGUCAGCUUCGGACAUUAAGUGCCUGUCGGAACAUCCAAAGCGUGCCAAAGCCUUUGGGGAAGUGAGCCGUGGGCUCCCCAGGCCACACUGCCACGGCCUGGCCCCAGAGAGAGGAGACAGUGGGGGACGGAGCCAGCCUUGAGCCUCAGCUCCGGGCCUGGGCUCGAGACCCCCAGGCAGUGCCUUCCAGGGUCCCUCCCCAACCAGCAGCAUCAGCCACCCGCCCGCCCACAAACAAACUUUUAUAUAAAGAAGUGUAGAUAGUUUUCUAUGUUUUGUAUGGUGAUUCUGAAAGGAAGAAAAAAACCCUGUGUAUAUUUUGCAUUUUUACUGAUUUUGUGGCUACCUGGAGAUUGCUAGGGGGAAAAAACCUCGAUAUUUUUAUAUUAGAAAAACCAAUGGACAGUUGUACCUGAGUUUGGCGGGGGUAAAGAUGACUGAUUGACACUGCAGGCCCAAGGGCCAUAGGCUGCUUCUCCCUCCACCGCCGAGCAGGGGGCUGGAGAUACCCCUUGUUGCCGCCGGCGCUCUCCUUUCAAAUGUCCUUGAGGCCGAGUGGGGCCCAAGAGAAGCAUCAGCUGGGACCCUUGGAGCCCAUGGACGCUCGUGUCGUGGCCAGCAUGGUGCUGGGCCGGCCGUGUGAUGGGCAGUCGUGGACUUAGCAGGUCCUCAGCCAGGUGAGGCACCAGGACCCACCAGGACCAAGGAAGAACGAGGCGGGUCGGGCCAAGGGAGAGGUUUUCUUUGGGGUUUGUUGUUUUGGGGGGUUUCUGGUUCUCGGUGGGAGCAGGAAGGCCCUUCUGGCCAUGUUUCCCAGGUCCUUAGGAGCCUUAGACGUGGGGAAAUUAGAAAUGGUUCCCGACCCCCUUCACUCCCUUUCCUCCCAAGCGUUUGGCCUAUUCCUCGGCUUAGUCCUAGAAGCCCCUUUGUGAGAAGGGCUGGGCCCGGUCACACUCCCAGCUGGCCCCACACUCCCUAGGCCAGAUGUCCAUCUGGUCUCACCACCUGCGGGGUGGGGACAGCUGGCUGCGGCUCCCAGGAGGAGGCCCUAUGUCAGAGACCACCAGGUAAAAAGAAAGCUCUGUUGGACAGCGACCCAGCUUUGGGACUACCGAAGGAGCGUGGGGGAAGGGACAACGCUGAGCACUGCAGAGCACGCUCUUAGGGCCUGAAUGUGUGUAAGGACAACGUCCCCCUGCCCCCCCAAUUCCACCUGUACUGAGGGCGGGGUGGGGGGGAACAGUGGCACAGCCAGCCAAGCCAUGGGACAUGUUGGGAUGGAAGCCGACUUUGGACGUGUCUGUGACUCGUCCCCAACCUUGGCAAGAGCUUGGGGACUUCAGCCAGUUUGCCCCCCCCCCCCCAGUCGAAGUCAAUCACAUGGUCACUUCUAUUGGGAGAAUGUCAGCUUUGUAAAUGACAAAAAUGAAAACCUAUUUUUCUGACCACAUUUUCCAAGAUAAAACACUGGAGGUUUUUGUUUGAAAACAAAUGAAUAUUUAUUAAUGCUCAGAACACUGGAAUGACAGCAUGACUGAGGAUCCAAUAAAUUAAGAGGUUUUUGAACGUGAUUUGGGCUCCCUCCCUGCCCCCAUCCCACCUCCCGCCUCUGUGGCGCACACACACAUCACUCACCUCCUACGACACUGGGAUGGCGUCUGGGGAGGGGGGGCUCACAAGAUGCAUCCCUCAAGCCCAUAGGGUGGGGUGAGUGACAGUAGCCCUGAGGAGGCCCCCCUGGGGGAGGGAGUUCACUCUGGACCCUGGAGCUCCCAGAGGGUAGAGACUCCGCCAUUUUGGCCUCUGGCAUCCUCAGGGUCCAGUG